UUAUUUUUUCACGUACCUACAAUUUUCAGCUCUGUUGUUGGGAGCGAUGAAUAUAGCUCACUUGACGUUUGAUGUUGAAACAUAUAUUUGGAAUAUGAUAUAUAUCGCCACAACGGUUGGUAUCCUAGUUUUGGCCACAGUACUGAAGUACGAGGCAACAAAAACCUCGUAUACGCUCUGUGAACAAACGUCGACCUUCUUUGAUGAUUGUAUAGGAACUAGGAGAAACACUCUUCUAAUGCAACUGUUGCACCAAAAAGUUGAUUUGAGGAUCUUCGGACAUUUUGAGGUGCAUUUAAGCAGAGUUUUAUCAGAUCUGCAGGCUUUGGUGAAUUUGUUGAUGUUUGCCACACAAUUUAGAAACUAAAGUAAUGCAGCUAGA